CCCAUCCGUUUGGUUAUAAGAAAUUAGGGUAACCAUUAUGUUAUGUACCAAUGUACUAGUGGGUAGCAGCAGUACAAUAUAAAAGACAAAACCCCCAAAUAAUAGAGGCCUGUGUGUGUGUCUAGCCAAUUAGAUUUCACAGAUGAAUAAAGAGCCAGUGAUAUAGAACAAGAGGGCAUGGAGAAUCCCUAUGCACACUUUUGUAGAAAGAGAGCGAGAAGAAAAAACCACCUAAAUUAUUAGUUUCAAGCGUCUUUCCUCCUAAAUUUAGUAUAAUCUUUGAUUCUCUCUCUGAUCUGAAGAAUAAGAUUCAAUCUUUUAUUAAUCACAUCAAGCUAGAUCGAAGUGGGUGUCGUCGGAAAUGUCUGAAGAUGACGGUGGUGGUAAGUUGAGAAAUUCCGUUACCGGCGCCGGACCUGAACCCGGGGAGUUUUUCACGCCGUACCCAGAUCAGGUUCUUGAAAACGUACUUGAAAACGUUUUGAUUUUCUUGAAAUCACGGCGUGACCGUAACGCCGUUUCGCUCGUCUGCAAAUCAUGGUACCGCGCGGAAGCGUACACCAGAUCGGAUCUGUUCAUCGGAAACUGUUACUCUGUGGCUCCACGGCGGGUGACCAACCGAUUCAAGAGAAUCCGGUCGGUUUCUUUGAAGGGAAAACCCCGGUUUGCUGAUUUUAGCUUAUUGCCGGCUGAUUGGGGUGCGCACUUUACCCCUUGGGUGUCUGCCAUGGCUACUGCUUAUCGUUCGCUGGAGAAGAUCUACCUGAAACGCAUGUCCAUCACCGAUGAUGAUCUCGCCAUGAUUGCUCACUCCUUUCCGAAUUUCAAGGAGCUUGUUUUAGUUUGCUGUGAAGGUUUCGGAACGAGCGGACUCGCAAUUAUCGCCAGCGAGUGCAGAAAUCUUCGUGUUCUUGAGCUGGUUGAAGACGACGUUUCCGACGAUGAAGUGGAUUGGAUUUCUUUCUUUCCACCAGAGGGUACGACCCAUUUGGAGUCAUUGAGCUUCGACUGCGUCGAAACCCCAUUUAAUUUCGAGGCCUUAGAGAGACUAGUAGCAAGAUCACCAUUGUUAAAGAAGCUUAGAUUGAACCGUUACGUUUCGAUAGGGCAGCUUUACCGGUUAAUCCUCCGGUCACCGCAGUUAACCCAUUUAGGCACUGGCUCCUUCAGUACGCUGGGUGUCAUCGGUCAACAACAAGAGCCCGAUUACACUUCCGCUUUUGCUGCUUGCAGAUCGAUAGUUUGUCUCUCCGGCUUCCGUGAAAUCGCACCCGAACAUCUCCCGGCGCUCUUACCGCUCUAUGCUAAUCUCACCUCUUUGAAUCUCAGCUAUGCUAGCAUCGAACCCCACGAGCUCCGCCCAGCCAUCCGCCACUGUCAUAAACUACAGGUUUUCUGGGCGCUUGAUUCCAUCUGUGAUGAAGGACUUCAGGCGGUGGCAGACACAUGUAAAGAUCUUCGUGAGCUUCGUGUUUUCCCCGUGGACGCUUCAGAAAACGUAGAAGGUCCAGUCUCAGAAAUGACAAAUGCAGCGGUUGUAGCCAUGUCCAAAAACUGCCCGGAACUUGUUGUGUUUCGUCUGUGUAUAAUAGGGAGAUACAGACCGGAUCGGGUCACGGGUGAGCCCAUGGACGAGGGUUUUGGAGCCAUUGUCAAGAACUGUAAGAAGCUGACCCGUCUAGCUGUUUCCGGGCUGCUGACCGACCGGGCAUUUAGCUACAUCGGGCAGUAUGGUAAACUGGUGAGAACAUUGUCUGUGGCUUUUAAUGGGGACAGUGAUACUGGGUUGAAAUAUGUUCUUGAAGGAUGCACAAAUUUGCAAAAACUGGAGAUCAGAGAUAGCCCGUUUGGUGACUCGGGUUUACAAUCGGGUUUGCACCAUUUUUACAAUAUGAGGUUUGUUUGGCUGUCAUCAUGUAGGGUCACCCGCCAAGGGUGCAUGGAGAUUGCUAGAAUCUUGCCCAAAUUAGUGGUGGAAGUUUUUCGUAGGGAUGAGGAAACAGAUGAGGAAGAAGACAGGGUGAGGGGCGAUUUCGUCGAUACACUUUAUAUGUAUCGCUCUCUUGAUGGCCCACGACCCGAUGCACCACAGUUUGUCAACAUCCUUUGA